AUGUCCCCAAGUGCUGAACCAAUCCAGAACGCCGACGUUCCACAAGAUGUCGGUAUCGUGCCUAACCCGAACCCAACCAUCACCGGGCCAUGGGCGGUUGACAAGGUUCUGGAAACAAUCCCGACGGGGAAGCCCGCUGAGGGAACAAGCUCUCCAGUUAGCUAUUUCCACAUUCUUGAGCGUCUCAAGACCACGAAGCGCGAGGGCUGGCGGAGGUUUGACAUCAACCGAGGUGAAUCGAUCUCCGACCACAUGUACCGCAUGUCCAUGAUGAGCAUGCUCGCACCCCCCUCGCUCGCCGCCCGACUCGACCUUACCAAGUGCAUGAAGAUGUGCCUAAUCCACGAUAUGGCCGAACUACUGGUCGGGGACAUUACGCCUGUCGACAAUGUACCAAAACCCGAGAAGAGCCGCCGCGAGGCUACCACCAUGGACUACAUUACGCAGCGGCUGUUGGGUGGUGUUGAUGGCGGCAAUGUUGGUGUUGAUAUUCGCGCAAUUUGGCAAGAGUACGAAGACUCCAAGACCUUGGACAGCCUGUACGUUCACGACAUCGACAAGAUGGAGCUGCUCUUGCAGAUGGUCGAAUAUGAGAAGCGCGGGAAAGGGAGGCUCGACCUAGGCGAAUUUGCGUACGUCAAGACUAAGAUCGUCCUUGACGAAGUGAAGGCCUGGGCUGAGGAAGUGAUGGCGGAGCGGGAGGCGUUUUGGGCGGGCCAGGCUCACGUCAACGGCGAGGCGGGGGUCAACGGGGGCGUGACCGCUGAGAAGAAGGCAAAGCAGGAUGCAUACUAUAACAAGGAGUAG